UUUUUCGGAUCCUAAACACAUCUUUAUAGGAACCACUUGGCCGCCGGGGUUUUCAUCGAGAGGGUGACUCGAGUAAAUGAGAGAGAUUGGGGCAUUCCUCUCUUACGGUUGGGAUCCAUGACCAGAGCUUGCUCUACCAGUAAGUCUGAGUCUUUAAAUUUUCGAUUGCCUGUGACUGAAUUCGGCCCUGUUUCGAUAUGGUUUGCACAACGUGGCCCCAUCAUCAAAUGAUCCGAUUGUAUAGUAGAGUUGGGUUGAAGAUCAGUCCAUCAGGAGCCAACUUACGAAGGAAGUACGUGACAACCCUUUUGAAGAACGUUGAGGACAUGAAAGAGAAGAUAAAUUUUGUAUUCUUGCCUCUCUUCAAAUCUUAAGUUCUCCUAGAAUGACGGUGGCCGCCACCAUCCCAAGAAUGUGGAGGUCCUCAAUAACAUUGUCCUCUAAGAAGCUCUCACUGCCAUCACUUUCAGCACCAUCCUAUGCCAUGGUGGUGGGCCAUUAAGAUAACCAAAAAAAAAAAAAGCCUUUGGCGCCAACACAGGCUCGCCCGCCCAGGGGAAUCCAGCUUUACCGCCUGACAAUUUAAAGGCUGAGGCCCCUCCAUCCAUUAAUGUUCCUUCAGGGCACUGAAAUGCUUGUUGGCAGGAUGUCUCCUGUCAUGCCGCACUCGGGUUCUCUUCACCUUUCUUCUGCUGUAACCGGGAGAGAAGGCGAACAAGAUCUUUUGCCUGUUGUCAGCUCUCUUGCUCUUAAGCAAGAAGAAUAUGAGCAUUUUGAUCUGCAGGGACCUGAUUUUAUGUGCUCAUCAUCCUCCCAAGAGAGUGCUCGUUGUGCCGAGAAGAAUGCACCUAAACCCAAAAUUUAUGGCAAUACCUCCGAGCUUCUGGAUUCUGGGAAAGUCAAAGCAGAACCUUCCGAUGAAAAUGACUUGCUGAGCCAUCACAGGACUGCAUUAUCAGCCUCAAAUGCUGAAUUAACUGAACGGAAUGGCAAGGUUCAAGAUGAUGAUAAAUUGUCUGAUAAACUUGAUCAUGUCCCCCUGAUACAACGUGGGAAAAUGCUGCUUGCAAGCAGGCAGCUUCUUCGUAUGAAUGAUUCCUACUCAUGCAUCUCCCAAGUCUAUGAGAAACCAUCAUUGAUAGGUCAUGUUAAGGAGGAGGUGCACUGUGAUUCUCUGGGCACUGGGGAAGACUUGGCAGAUCGUGUUGCCAGGAGAGACGAUGAAGUGAUCCAUCCUAUUUCUGCAGAAUCUAGAACUGGAAAUAAGCUACAUGGCUUUGGAGAAAGUCAGUGUUCUGAUAUUUAUGGAAGUUUGCGCAGUGGCACUUUUGUUGGGAUACCUUGUAAAGAUAAUCGCUGUUCCACACUGCCUGGUUACACUGACGCUAAGGUGGCUGUAUCUGCUGAACUAAGAUUGAAUGUGGAAGCACAAGCAAGUGAAGGGACAUCCUCAUGGAAGAGGAAGCCCUCAAAAGUGAAAAGUUGCAGUGGGAGUGAUCACGUGCCUGUCAAUGAUUUUUCUAAUUCAACCAUGAGGACUGCUUUCGAAGUCAAAACCGAACCUUCAGAUCAUAGUGAAGUGCUUGGUUCAAGAUGUGACACUGUGGGUAACUUCACCUUUAAUGCGUCAUUAGUGAAGAGGGAAGAGGAACAUGAUCGUCUGUUUGAAGACAAGUUGGACCACAUGUUUCUGCGCGAACGUAUGAAUUUGCUGACUCAGCAUACCAAUUCUGGGUCAGAUCAUCUUAAGAAGUGUGACUGGUUGACUAGAGAUUUGACUUCCUCAGAAAAGAUUCCUGCAGUUAUGAAAUUUGUAGAUCCUAUAAGCAUUAAGCGUCUCCAGACAAGAAGAAAGACUGUCACGGAUUCAAUCGAAACUGUGCUGGAAGAAGAUGCGCCAGGACUCCUACGGGUAUUGCUUGAUAAUGGGGUUUCAAUGGAUGAACUUAAGCUCUAUGGGGAUGUGGAGAAUGAUGAACCCCUGGAUGAGUCUUCUGAAAAAGGUGGAUUUACGGAGCUGGAAGAUGUUAUAUCUAAGCUGUUCUUUCAGCGCCAGUCGUUUUUGAAGAUAGGUUUACCUAAGAGCAGAAAGGAUACAAAAACUACUUAUUGUUUGGCUUGUUUGUUCUCGCUGGUGGAACAGACCCGUUAUCUGCAAUUUCGCAAGUGGCCAGUUGAAUGGGGUUGGUCUCGGGAACUCCGAUCAUUCAUAUUCGUUUUUGAGAGGCAUAAGAGAAUAGUGCUGGAACGCCCAGAAUAUGGCUACGCCACCUACUUCUUUGAGCUGGUAGACUCACUGUCCAUUGCCUGGCAGGUCAAGCGGUUGGUUAUUGCCAUGAAGCUCACUAGCUGUAGCAGGAUCUCCCUUAUUGAGAACAAAGUUUUGACAGUUGGAGAAGACUUGACUGAAGGAGAAGCGAGGGUGUUGAUGCAAUAUGGAUGGAAGCCAAAUAGUGGGUUAGGGACAAUGCUGAACUAUUGCGACCGGGUGGUUCAUGAUCGACAGAAGGAGAUGGAGAAAGACACAUCCGAAUGGCGUGCCAAGAUCGGGAAGUUGCUCAUGGAUGGGUACCAUGGAGGGGCCAUUGUCUCCAGCGAUAUCGUGAAGAAGGUAACAGAAUAUGGAAAUGCUGAGGGGGCUCAGGUCAAAACGGAGCUCUGAAACAGAGUAGGGUAAGUGAAUAUGUUUAGGUGGAAGCAUGCAAAAGUGUGCCGAUGAUGGAAGUGCAGAUGUUUAGUGCCAAAUGCGAGAAACUGUAAGACUUGUCUGAAUGUAAAUGCUAAUGCUUUUGGGCUCUUCUCUUUACCUUUGAAAGGUUAGUGGCUAGCUACUGCAGUGCAGUGCAGAGACAUUAGUGAGUCGGACACUAUUGCGCCACACCUCGCGAAUAUGAGUAGUUCCGCAACAAGUAUCGAACAUGCAACAUUUAGUGCUCAAGUAACAAGUAUCAAACAUGCAACAUUUCAAAGCUCAA